AUGGCCAACAAAGUCUUCACCACGACGCUCGGCAUAAGCCUCCUCUUCCUGGCGUCGGGGUGCCUCGAGCUCGGCUUCUCCCUCGUCGUCCGCAACAUGAUGAGCAACAGGCCCGAGAGCGGCCAGGAGGCGGUGCGCAACUUGCUGUACCAGAUGUUCCCGCUGACGGCGGGCAUCGCCAACGGCGCCGCGACCCUGGCCACCUUUGCCUUCACCCUGCUCGGCCUCAUGUCGCCCAUGCGGUCGUGGCUCAAGGCGGGCGGCUACCUCAUCACCAUGUGCGGCCUCUUCACCCUCUGCCUCGGCGUCUACCUCUGGAUCAUGACCCUGCGCCUCAAGGACGGCUUCUUCCCGACGUACCUCGAGCUAGAGCCCGGCGUGCAGUCCCUCGUCCAGCAGUCGUUCCAAUGCUGCGGCUAUUAUAAUGCCACGACGCCGGCGUUUGUCACGGAUCCGACGUGUCCUUCGCCCGCGGCCGCAGCGCUGCUGCGAGGCUGCGGGACGGCCAUUUCCAGCUUCUCCAACACCUUUAUCGACAAUAUCUUUACUGCGCUCUUUGGCAUCGUCGGACUCGACGCCAUUCUUAUCCUCUCCAUUGCGUGUCUCCUCAAGGAGCGCAAGGAGCGCGAGCGAUAUCGCCAUAUUGACGAGAAGAGUGGCUUCAGGCAGUUUUAG